AAGAAAUUGUAUUAUGGACUAAUCACAGAGUGAUGGAGUGGCUAAGAACUAUCGACCUCUCCGAAUAUGCUCCAAACCUCAGGGGUAGUGGGGUCCAUGGUGCUCUCAUGGUUUUGGAGCCUCGUUUUAAUUCAGAGCUGUUUGCUGUUUUGCUGUCCAUACCCCCGAGUAAAACCUUGCUGCGGCGCCAUCUCAACACCCACUUUAUCAGUUUGAUUGGCCCAGAGACACAAACCAAGAAAAGGGAACACGAGUCUGAGCCAACCUAUGUUCCACUUCUUCCUGGCAGUAAAGUUAAGAAAGGCAAGUUUGGACUCUUCAACCACAAGAAGAUCAGAUCUGACACGGAGCCAGAAGGAUUCAUUUGCCCCCCGGAGCCUAAUGGGAAGCAUUCUAAUGGAAAGCAUUAUGACACAACUGCCAGAGACUUUGGAGCAUAUUCCCACGAGAUAAAUACUUUAACAAACAUGCUGUCACAUGAGAAGUUCUUGGAGUCUGCCAAAACAUCAAAUGUCUGA